AUGAGACUCCCUUUUGCCAAAUAUGAAAUUUAUAUGCAACGCUUAUUCUAUAAACUUGGUUACUUGAUCGGAUUAAAGCCUUGGUGCUUUGUUUAUUCACUUAUUUCUCUAACAAUCAUCUCUUCAUUGGGAUUCCUCAGAUUUAAACAGAUCAAUAAUGCCCGAGUGACAUUCACUGAUUCCGAGGCUCCAUCCCGGUAUGAGGGACGAGUUGUGGAAGAAUUUCUCCAACAGAACGGAACACUUUAUAUGAUUGAACUUUUGAUCUCUGCCGCCGACAAUGGAAGCCUUUUGCGUCCCCAACAUUUCUUUCAGCUUUCUCAAUUUGCUGAUGAAGUCACAAAUCGACUUAAAAUUUAUGAUGAAAAUUCAAAGAAUUUUUUGGGUUUUCGAAAUUUCUGUCAUCCUUAUUGUCAAAAGAAUGAUCCGUUCUUUGCAGUAAUGAAAAUGUUUGAGCAAAAUGUCACGAGUGUUGAGCUAACCUAUCCAAUGAUGGAGAUUUUUGGGGAAAAAGUUUUCAUUGGGAAUAAUUUCUAUCGAAUCACUCUUGAUCCUUUCUCGAAAAGAUUAAUGAAUUUUCGAACAGUCUUAUUGCAUUUUUUUCUCGUUUACACCGAUUCUCAAAUGAUGGGAAAAUGGGAAAAUGAGUUAGUUCAAUUGUGUUAUGAGUCGGGAAGAUUCGAUUUGUUGAGGCCUUUAGUUGGAUCCGAUAAUCUCGUGGCCAAGGAAGUCAAGAAAUUGGGCACCUCGACAGCUCCACUCCUUGCUGUCGCUUUAGUUGCGUUGAUGUUUUUCCUCUUUAUUUGCUCAUUUCGCUCAACGUUCAACGAAUCCAAGCCAACUGAAGCAAUUCUUGGCGGACUGAUUCCAAUAUUGGCGUCAGUAACCACGGUGGGUCUUGUUUCAGCGGGUGGUCUUCCAUUUCAAAGUAUUGUCGUCAGUACUCUGUUUUUAUUGUUAGCGAUCGGAAUCGACGAUGUUUUUAUUAUGCUGGCCGCUUGGCAUCGAAGUGAUAAAGAGCAGAAAAUUCCACAAAGAAUAGCUCAAGUUGUUCAAGAAGCAGGUUGUUCAAUGAUGAUCACAACUGUCACCAAUGUGAUUUCGUUCGGGAAUGGAGUACUAUCAACGACACCCGUUUUGCAGACAUUUGCCAUCUAUUCAACAGUUGCUUCAAUAAUUUGUUUCAUUUUUCAAUUAUUACUUUUCCCUGCAAUUCUCGCGAUCAAUGAACAGCGACGAGGAGACAACGAAAAAGGAAUAUGCUUCAAUUCUCUACCAAAAAGGAUUGAGUUUAUAAAUCAAUUAUCAAAAUUUCAUGAUUGGUUUUUUCGAGUUCUCAUUGAAUUCGUGUGUUCAUGGUGGAUGAAAGUUAUUGUGUUUUUGUUUUUGAUGUUUUAUUGGACCUUAUCACUUGAUGGAGUCUUCAAGGCAAAAAGUGAGCUUGGAAUUCAACACAUUGCCCCAUCAAAUAGCAAAAUUUCUCUAUUCAAAAGAGAAUAUGAACUGGUUGUAAAGAAAAUGCAACCCUUGGCAAUCGUCAUUCAGACUCCCGGUGAUUUGAGAAAUGCGACAAUUUUUAGGCGACUCAAAGAGCUCAUUCAAUCUUUUGAAAGUGAACAAUUCUCUUAUGGUCGAAAUUCGACUUUCUGUUGGUUAUUCGGUUAUGAGGAAUAUUUGAGAUUUUAUGAUUCGGAAUUUGAAGAAUUUUCGUACAUUUAUCUACCAGAUUUUCUUGAUUCUUCCACAAAUGAACACUUUAAAGGAACGAUUAAGCUAAACGAAAGAGCUUGUCGAGAGGAUUCCCCACAAUGUGUGCAAUCAUUUUUGCUUACAACUGGCUUUACAAAUGUCUCCUACUACAAUGAAAUGUAUCCAGUUAUUGAAAAGUGGAGAGCGAUUGCACAAAGAUUUCCCGAAUUCAGUGUCAUUUCAUACACGGAAAGACACAAUUACGCUGAUCAGUCAGCUAAUCUCCCCGAUGUGAUCUGGCAAACACUUUGGUCAGAAGUUAUCUGUAUGGGAAUCUCUUUUGUAAUUUUCAUUCUCGAUACUCUAUCGAUUUGUGCCGGCCUUUUUGCCUUAAUCUCCGUCAAUUUGGGUGUUUUCGGCUUUUUAACCCUUUGGGGUGUACAAAUCAAUCCAAUCAGUAUGGCGGCUCUCCUUAUGUCAAUCGGUUUUUCUGUUGAUAUUUCCGCUCAUAUAAGUUAUCAUUACUAUGAAACGAAAGCUAAGACAUCAAAAGAGCGGCUGGAGAUAACUUUUCUGCAUAUUGGAUGGCCAACUAUUCAGGGAGCUAUGUCUACUUUAUUAGCAAUGGUUUUUAUUUUGUUGAAGCCUAGCUAUUUGGGGAUCGUUUUUCUAAAAACAGUGUUUCUUGUGGUUCUUUUCGGACUUUUACAUGGCCUUGUCGUGCUUCCCGUAUUUUUAUCUCUAUUUGCCUCAUUCCAGAAGUCAUCACGG